GCCAAUACUAGCUCUUCUAUGCAAUACGCUUGUUACAAUCGUCGAAAUAUUUAUCUUUCUUGCUCCCACCACGUGCAGCAUCUCCCACAAGAGUUCCCAAAUCCAAAACAGUCAUAUCUGCCGCUCCAGCAAAGAACAAACCAUGCUGCUCGCAGUGCGACACGCCCCGAACAUACGAACAGUUCAUCGCAAACCACACAUCCAUCAAGCAACUAAACCUAUUCUCAGAACAAGACACAUGCGCCAUCUGCCAGUCCCCCUACGGCAGCGAGAACCUCGCCCUCCAAACACUCGACAAGCCGCUCGCCAUCACAAACCUCCCAGGCUGCAACCACAUCCUCGGAUCAGCGUGUAUCCACCAGAUGAGCCUCGACACCUCAUCCGGGACUUCGCGGCGAUGUCCACUCUGCCGAGCAGAAUGGUGGCAACAACCGAAUUACUAUUCCGUCAACGUCAGCGACAAAGAUAAACACGAUAUCUCUGAAGCGAUAGCCAGAUGUUGGCAGACUGACUAUAGCACGGCUCGGUACCAUAUAUGUGGGGAGCCUGAGUACGCUGGUGUGUAUCCACCGCUUGUACUGGAAGAAUUGCGGUCGAAAUUCGAUUUUAAAAGGAGCAUUGGUGAUGCUGUUACGAUGGAGGUGAUAGAGAAAAGGAUACAGGACCUGAGGAAAGCGUCUAUGAUUGAGUUGGGGGAGAGAGCUUAUGAUCCGUACAAGGUUCUGAAAGAUAACGCAAUGGUCGAUCCGUUUGCAUUCGAUAACUAUCACCUGCGAGUACCGGAUUUGGGAUUUGCUGUCUUCAGGACGCUGAUUUCCACGCGGGGAACUCGACUUCAGGGAAUGUAUCGUGAUACUACGUGCAGAAAGCAUAAAAGUAGGGACGCGUCUCGUUUAGUGGCUGUUGCGAAGGAGUGGAUGGAUAUGUUUCCAAAGGAUGGAAGUGAUUGGGUUAGAUUGAUACUUGAUGUGCUGUGGAUAGCGGAUUUGGGUGAUUCAGAGGGUUCAGAGGAUCCAGAGAAUGAGUUUCCAAAGACCAAGCGGAGAUGGAUGACGCUGUGGCGUAGGAGAUAGAUUGGCAGGCAUAGCGUGCUAUAUUCGUGAGUUCUUUUAGGCCAUCGCAACCAUGAAGAUAAAGUAUAACUUUGAUCACGUCCAGUUAUUGGAACGCAGUUGGAUUGUUGUAUUAUGCAUGCCCAGGUGGUUAUAAGUCAAACUGAUCUUGCUCUGUAAGCAUAUAUACGAAUAGCUUAGAAACAGAAAUCCUCUGAAGCGAUGCACCGGGUA